ACGUGGCAAUCGGAGAGAGAACAAAAUGCCACUUCAAAGUCUGUGGGUGAGCCUGUUCGACUUCACAACGGACACAAGUCACGAUUUGUGAUUUGUGCAUGGCGACGAUGCCAAGUGCAGUGAAACGCGCCUAGCCCUUGGCGAGGGGAGCUCUCGAUUGAACCCCUUCCACCUUCACACUCCUGCUUGUCGACAUCGAUUGAGGAUCUUCAAGCAUGGUUAUCUUCUCAGCAUCUGGCAGCAGCUUUGCUGUCACAGCCGUCUUCCUGCUGUUCCUGCUCCAUGCCCGUCCUACCCAUGCCUUCGGUGCUGGCAACAUUGCUUCGGUUUCGAAUGUCGAAGGCGUCAACUUCCGCCAUGGUGACAUCGAGGACACCCUUCUCACCCUCGUCAGCUCCUACGCAUACGCCAAAGGUGCAAAGUUCAGCAAGAUCGACGUCAAGCGUGUCUACUUUGGCAACUGGCUGCGCGACUACUCGCAAGCCGUCGAUGUAGGAACCACCAAGCACGUCUCCGCAGAGGCCAUCCGCAUUCUGCUCUGGGUGCUAGGUUUCCUCACCUUUGGCUACGGAACCGGCGAGUUCGAGGUCACGACCGAAAGACUGGGUUGCUACCGCCCCGAGGAGCACAUCGACAACCCCAAGGACUACGCCGACAACGAGGACGCCCGCCAGUACGACCGCAGACUGCGCGCCCCCGUCGAUGAAGAGAGGGAGUUGAGCAUUGACGAGAGGACUGGCCUGAAGAACUACAUCGCCUCGGAAGACGUGGGCAUCACCACGUCUGCCCAGAUGGUGCGCAACCUCUUCGGCCGCUGCAUCGAUCUCGGCAGAUCCUACAACAGAUCAAGGGACAAGAAGGAAUUCUACGAGGCCCUGCGUCUCCUCGGUACCGCCUGCCACUGUCUCGAAGAUUACUCGGCCCACUCAAACUACACUGAGCUCGCCCUCAUCGAGCUGGGCGAACGCGACAUCUUCCCUCACGUCGGUCGCAACACCCAAGUCCGCGUCCAGGGCGCCCGUCACCAAGUCUACCCCAUCGUCACCGGAACCUUUGGUGGUGUCGAUUUCCUCCACUCUGUCAUGGGUGAGCUGGACGACAAGGCUACCCAGUCCGAAAUUCAAGAGCUGGAAGGCGUCAUCGACAGCUCGCAGAACCAAAACACAAGUCUGCUCAAGAAACUCCUCAAGAUGCUCCCUUCUGGCCUCCUCGGCGGCAAGGAUCAGGCGGGCAAGGUCGACGAGCUGCAGAGCAAUGCUGCUGCCGCUCAGAUGGGCAACAUGAAGCUCUCGCCUCGCCAGCCCGAAGAGUGGGCUCAACAGCUCCAGGAAGUUCAGAAGCAGAUCUACCCCAUCCUUCAGUUCCACGACGAGCUUAUGAUGGGUAUCAAUGAGGCCAUCGAGAAGAUCCCUAUCCUGCCCGAUCUUCUCGAGCAGUUUACUGAGCAGCUCAACAUCUUCGUAUUCUCUCUGCUCGCGCCUUUCGUCCUGCCUAUCAUUAGCCAGGUCAAAGAGGAGUUGGCCACUGGUUCGUCAGAGGUCAUUCAAAGCAGUCGUGACAAGCAGCUCAUCGUCUUCCACGACGACAAUUCUUCCGAUCCUACCCACUCUAUGCUCUCCAAGGAUCACUUCUCAAACAUCCUGAACGAACCUGCUGGCAAGAUCGGAUGUGCCGUCCUCAAGUGGGUCGUACCUCAAAUCGUUCAGUGCUGGGAUAACGAGAAUGUCGACAUCGCCAGGACCCUCGACCGUAUCAUCAACGGUGUCUUCCAUCACCCCGCUUUGCGCCAAGUUGGUAACGAUGGUGCAGCUGACGGUCGUCACAUCAUGUUUGGUGUCGUCGAGCAAUGGUGGCAGGAAAAGUCCGAGCGUGAGCGAGAUGACCUUCGCCGCAAGCUCAGCAGACGCGGUGUUGAAACUGGUCAGAACCACAAGGAGGGCGUUCAGGACUCUGGCCACGGAUGUUGCAAGCCUCUUUUCCAGCAAAAGCAGAAUAACAAUGCUCCUGCCGCUGCGGCCCACGCAGCCGUCAUGGAAGGCAUCAGUGACUUUGUCAGUGGUGGUCAAUCUUCUCAGCAUAACAGCUAUGGCAACCAAGGCCGCCCCAGCAGCCGUCCUACCAGCGCCUUUGAGCAACAAGCAGGAAACUUCGUUGGUGAAGCAGUCGGCGGUGGUGCACUCGGCUCUGUUCUUGGCGGCCUCGUUGGUAGCGUCGGUGGCAGCCUCUUGAGUGGCGCUUUUGAGUCUCAGGGUCAGACUCAAACUUUCCAGCAAUCAAGUCACAACCAGGACGGUUCCUACACCCAAAGCUACAUGCAGACUGGAGAACGUCCAUCUUCUAGACCAUACGGUCAAGAGCAGACUGCACAGGCUGAAUACAAGACCACUCAGUACCCUGGCGGCGGUCACAGAACCGAAUACAACAGCUACGAACAGGAAGGAAACUCUGGCCACGGCUACCAGCAGAGCACCGAAGUCCGUCCUACCCAGGGUGGUGGCUACGAGCAGCGUACUGAGCGCCGUCAUGAGCAAUCUGGCGGCCGCUGGCAGAGCGAGAUUCAGCAGCAAAGCGUCGGCGCUGCUGGAGAGUACUACCAGACUGAAGAAAAGCAUCACGGCAGAAGAAAUGACGACGACGAUGACGAUGAUGAGCGCCGAUCGCAUAGAAAGCACGGAUCCAACCAUCGCAACGACUACGAGAGUGAACAACAGUCCUAUUCGCGCCCUGAUAACAGCGGUGGCUUCCCUGGAGCGUCCUACCACGCUCAACAUCAAGAACGUCAAGAUGAGCGCCCCAGUUAUGGUCAGCAGCAACCCGGUUACGGCAACGAUAACUUCGGAGGCCGCAACGAGUAUGAAAGACCUCAACAGUACGGUCGUGAUGAAGGCUUUGGUAGACAAGAGUACGGACGUGAAGACAAUAACAACAAUUAUGGUCGUCAAGGCCAUGGCCGUCGUGAUGAGGAUGAGAUGCCUGGCGGCUUCCCUGAUGAUGACGAUCAGGAGCGCAGACACCACGGCGGUCGUCGUGAAGGAGGCAACGGCUAUGACGGAGGUAAUGAAGGCCGUAGAUGGUAAGCUCGAUCGGUUCUGGUCACCAGUCUCGGUUGUCCUGUUCUACGAGUCGUAGGACAUGAUUGCAUCGGAAAAUCAUGAAGAAAUGAAAGAAAUGUACUCAUGUCUUCCUGUAAAUCUUGAUGUGGAGUAUACCUGCAUGAGUGCAAGCUACUUGUGGAAAGUUUGUAGUUUCCGCUGAGAGCAAUGGUGAGUACGUAGUCGACCUCAGCGGGAUUAGAGACUCUAGAGGUGAGCGCAGUUCCAUCCAGCAAGCUUGUACCUAUCUGCGACUGUGUUUCAUAGAACGUUUUUGCCAGAUUUAUCUUCCAUAACGUCGACUCGCUGCCAGACAGCAUCUUGGGUCAGGC